AUGUUCCUUAUGAAUGCUUCUCCUUUGGUAGCUCUUCAGACAAAAUGGGAGUCCUUUGGACCGGCAAGGAAUUGUAGAUAUCCCGUUUGCUUCUCUGAAUCUGAAGGGGACGUCACUAGAACCUCUGUAAGUGCAAAAGUUCAGAUGAUCAUAAACAACCUGCAAAGUCAAGAGUCUCCCCUGGGUAUGAACAAUGAGUAUGGUUGUAUUAUGCAGAAGAAACAAAAGGGAGAAAAGGGCACUAGUAACAGAGUCACAUCUAGCACCGCAUUGCUACGGAAGCAUCCUCAAUAUACCAAGUGUGGUUGCCCUGCUGAUUCAGAUGACACUGAAGUGGAAGAGAAUGUGGGGUUUGGGACUCUCUUGCUCGAUUCUGAUAGUGAUGAUUCUGUUGACCGAGGUAUAGAGGAAGCCAUUCAAGAGUACUUGAAAGCAAAAAGCAAAAGUGACCAGUCAUUGCAAAGGAAUGCAGAGUGUUCUGAGAAUAUAAGCAGAGACAAAAGGUUUAAGAGAGAAUUCUCCCAGAACAAAAUGGCUAGUAACCUUCUUCCUAUGAAAUUUAAAGCUGAGAUGCUCUCUGAAGAGUACCUGUCUGACCACCUGGGAAUCGGUAAAAGGCUACAGCCUGCUUCCCCUCAGAGCAUCAGUAGCGAUGACUCUUUUGAACAGAGCAUACAAGCUGAAAUAGUACAGUUCUUGAAUGAGAAGAAGCAGCAAGAAAUUAGUAAGUGCGUAAUCGGGGAGGGUAAAAAAGAUUCCCAUGUGAGAUCUGUCCUAAAAUGCAACAAAGAAACAGCUAACAAAAACUGUGGUGCUAUAAAGCGAGGUUGUAAUGCGCUCCUCUUGAGACACCAUCCCAAGCUACAGAAAACCAGCACGCAGUCCAAGUGUUUGCAGUCUAAAAUCCAAGAAGAGCCUAGUGAUUUCAGCCAAGUGAACCAAGCAUAUCUAGAAAUGGCCACUGCCAGCCAGCCCUGGUUAGUGGAGCAAAAUGAAGAAAGUGGAGCUAAUUACUGGGAGACGAGGGGAGCACUUAUCAAUGACAGCAUGCACGCAUCUGACUCAAGUAGCGAUGAUGGCAUUGAAGAAGCCAUUCAGCUUUAUCAGCUGGAGAAAAUCAGGAAAGAGGCAGGUCAUGCAACAGACUGUGUCCCUUUGCAGAGGGAACAAUUUGAUACAAAGGGUAUGGCGGACAUUUCUGCAAGCCUAACGAUUAGCUCAACAAAAAGUGCCUCACCAGAAAUCCAUAAAAGCCCUAUAAGCAACAAGAGAAAAGAAAUUAAUUCAAAGUCAACAGAAUUAGAAAGCACCAGCAAUGAAUUUAACAAGCUGUUUAAACCACUGAAAAAAGCCAGGCAUUUUGCACCUCCGGAAAACAAGAUUGCUGCUUGUGAGCUCACAUUGCAGGCCUCUUGCAGAGCAGACACAUCUGCAGAGCUCAUGUGCGCGGAAGCUAUCCUUGAUAUUUCCAAAACAAUCAUGCCAUCCCAAAUGGGAAGUGACAACAAAUCACUCGCUGCAGACUCCUUCUUUUCUCCCCAGCUUCUCUCAUCCUCCCGCUGUGAAAGUGACAGCAGCCUUGUGGACAGCGAUGAUAGUAUAGAGCAAGAAAUCAGGGCUUUUCUAGCUCUGAAAGCACAGUCAGAAAGCCUUGGAACAAAGCCUCCCAGCCUGUCACACUCCAUCCAGAUGCCUUUGCCUUCUGAUCAAAACAGCCUCACCAGUACCCUUGAGCCUUCUCUUCCCAAAACGCUGAAGCUAUCACUGAGUCGUAAAAGGAGACUUAAAAGGGAAGGCAGAAUAGCGAAACAAAGUGCAUCAAAAACACCUGAACAGCUGGAGACAGGACUUUUCCAGCCAGGUAACUAUUCAAAAUUUCCUGUGCUCCAAGAGGGGUGUGCCCUGAGCAGCCCUGCAGAACUCUGUGACGCUCAAAGGCUCAGCAGCAAAGAGACUGGGCAGCAGCAGCUGAUGUCUUCCGAAUUAUCCGGAUCUGUUGGCAGAUGUGUGGCCUUGGACUCCGUAAACCCUUUUGUGCAGGUUCAGAGUAGCGCAAGAAAGUUUAUGAAAAAUACCAUCCAAACUCAAGAGAGGGAUGGUUCGGAUGAUGAGAGCAGUUCUCUUGAUAGUGAUGAGGACCUUGAUAGUGCUAUCAAGGACCUCUUACGGUCUAAAAGGAAAUUAAAGAAGAAGUCCAAGGACCAGAAAUCUCAGUGCAAGAAGAGAGUCAGAUUUAGCGAGACAGAAACUCAGCUGCUGGAUGAAUUUAGUAGCCUCCAACAAAAUGAGUGGAAAUGUAAAAGUCCCGUGCUGCUGAAAAGCUGCCUCUCAAAACCUAGAAAGGCUGUGAAAGAGAAUGCAAUCAGAAAUCCUCCGGACAAUGCAAAUGUCAAACUUAGCAAUGAAAAACCAGAAACCGUGAAGAACUUAGAGUUUAACUUACAGCUUAAAAAAGGAUAUAAACCUAAACCAAUUUCAAACCAGAAUAACCUGCAGGUAGCUAAAAAUAAAAAAUGUACUUUCACAGCUGCGUCAGACGCUGAUGACAGCAGUUCAGUGGACAGCGAUGACAGCAUCGAACAAGAAAUAAGGAAGUUUUUGGCAGAAAAGGCUAAAGACUCCGCAAGCAAUUCAGAGAUACAAAAAGAUGAUGCAACUCUGGACCUAUUGAGAGUCACCAAACAAACUGCUAAUAAAGGAAAGGCAAAGCAACAGCUGGUUGAAAAUGAGAUUGACCUCAUGCUGGGUCAGAGUAAAAAGACCGAGGUAUCUCAGCAGACUGAUGAGUUGAAGAACUCUCAGAGAACGGAAGGGAAAAGUGCAAUGUUACAUGGCAGUGGGAAAUCUGCUUCCUCUGCAGAGAAUGUUAAUCUUCAUACUACUGGUCAGUCAAAAGCUAAGCAAGGAGUGGUGGGGGUUAAAGGUGUUGCUGGUGGUGAGUCAUCUGGAAACACAACAGCUAAAAGGGAUGUCCCUAAUAUGGAGCCCGUGCAGAAAGUGCUUCCACCUAAAACCAGCAAAAAUGAAGGUUGUAAAGUACAAAAAGUAAUUAAUGCAAAGUCUAGAUCUAAAAGAAAGAAUACCUUUCACCUAAAAAUUUCGAGUAAAUUUAUUGCAGGUCUAAAAUAUGCUCGGGACAGGAAGAAAUCCAUGCUUUUGAACAAAAGGCAGAAAGCAGAGCGUUUGCUCGCCCAGAGCAGUGCGUUAGGAGCAGAGGUAGCUUCCCAGGAUACAGACGUACUUAACCAGGGAAGAGGAGCCCCCUUGCCAAAAGGUGAAUUUAGUGGGGAGUGUACAACAGGAUUAAAAGAAUCCAGUUCUUCUCAGAAGCUCGCUGUGGAAGUGUCGAGUCCCCAUGUAGCAGAAACCUGUGAAAGACUGGAGGCUGCUCCUUUGUGUAUCAAAGAGGAAGCAGAGGGUUGCAGAAAGGCUGAUGCUUCAGGAGACCAGUCGGAUUCGCACUUGAGUCUCCCCUUGCAGGAGCGGAGUGUGGCAGCAGCAAAAGUAGAUAAGGUUUGCAGAGGAACAUCCAACGCUGAGAACACACAGAUGUGGACUGAGGAAGGAGGUAUCCACAGAGGCAGCUGGGCCGAUUCAAAUUUAUAUCCCCCACGCCCUGAACACAGUAUGGCAGUGGUAAAAGCAGAUAAAGUUAGCAGAGACACAUCUCAGCAGAGUAUACACGCGUGCAGUAAGGGAGAGAAUAACCAGCAGGACAAGAGGCCAGAUCCGAGUUCAGGUUGCCCACUGCAGGAACUAAAUGUGACAGCAGUAGCAGUGGAUAAAACUAGUGGAGGAGCAUGUACAAAUAACAGUAUGCAGAUGAGCGUUAAGAAAGAAAAAGUUACCUGCCAGGACGGUGACAGGCAGGAAGAAAUUCAGGUAUCCAGCUCCAAUUUGGAAGGAAAAAUACCUGUCCUGCAGAAUAGGGAAACUGCUUGUGAAGUGGACCCAGGGCAGGAAGUUUUAGACAAAACCUGUGCAAAAUUUACUGACCUACCUGCAGGGGACUGCCCAGAUUCCCUCUUGAAAAGAAAGGUUUCAAAUAUGUAAGUACACUGUUUUUUACAGUAACAGUCUUUUUAGAAAAUAACUAUCAUUGUAAUUACCUUGAUAAAACUUGAGACAUGAAAGGAGAGACGGUGGGAGAUGCUGAUAUCUGUAUAUCAUAUACACACUAAUGUGAAAAAUGCUUCUAUUUAACAGGGAUAUCGUGAAUAAACAUACAUAGUUUUUGUAGAAUUUUGUAAAUUAUUUAAAGUGCUCUAAGGAAAUAUUUUUUAUAAUGAUUUUUAGGGCUUGCAUUACUACAGGAUGCUGUAGUUACUGUAGAUAAGAAGAUGCUGGCUAAUCACGCUUUAAAUUAUGAGGCCUCUAAUCAUAUAUCAAAAGGAAACCUUUUUGCGCGCAGAAUGUAUUUGGCAAUCUGUUAAGAGAUCCUAGGAAAACACAGCAUUUGAUAGCAACGCUAUGCUUUUGAAGCAGAUUAUCUGACAUCUGUUCGUAUUCGAGCUGCCUUAGGACAAUCCUAUGUAGUGGUUUUAUUCUGGGGUCUCAGUUCUCCCACCCCGAGGACUGUUGGGCGAGUUCACUAAGCAGAACUCCAGCGAAGCCAGCGCAGCGGUAGGUGUGGAGAUCCAUCCUUGAAGAUACAAGUGCAAAUUCAGGUAAAUAAAGUGGAUCAGUCUGUCUGCACGUCCUGUGUAAAGCAAUCUCAGCAGCUGCUGAAAGUACCUUUUGAAUACCGGAAACCUCCCGCUAGCAGAUGAUUCAAAGCACAAUUGCAGUUGGAGAAAAGUGAAGGAGCGUGUCUGUUCGGACAACAUGGUUUCUGUGGAUUUCGCUAGGUUUGCGUACUGUUGGGCCUGCAAGGCUGAAACAAUUCCUCGUUCUUCUCAAGUCUAAUUUUGACGCCCUGCAGUGACCCAGCGAUGGCUUUUGGUUUUCUAAAGGAACUUUCUUGAAUUGAGUGCCCUUACUUUCCUUUUUCAAAAGUGGUUUCUAAAAUGUUACAUUUCUGUGAACUUUUAUUUUCAUUUACAAUUUUUGUGCAAUAGAACAAAGCUAGAUUUGCUGUAGGAAGUCCCUAAUGUAAACGCCAAGGAUAUUUUCAGCACUGUUCUUUCAUACUGGUAGUGCUUUCUCUGCUUCCGUUUCCAGCAACAAGAAUAAAGCAAUUUUUCACUACUAUCUUUUUUUUUUUUUGUACUAACUUUAAAUGGGAUUGAAGUAGCGUGUUCAUGUCACAAAAAAUUCCCCCUGCGGUGGUUUCACUGAAAAAUCAAAAAAGUGUGAAUUUAAGCUGUUGGCUGGUUCUCUCCUUUUCAUUUGUGUGUAGUGAAGUCCUUUGAGUAGUUUGUUCUUACAUCUUGUCCCUGUGAAUUGAUCCGAUGUUCUCUUUAUCUAGUCUUCUACAGAACUUCUCUCAGCCAAACUACCACUCAGUAUCACUUUUUCUCAAUCACUUCAGCAGUCUUCCUGGAGGCUGGCCUUAAUGUUGCAAAACGGAGCAAAAGCAGUCAAGAAUGGAUCCAGUAUUGCAUGGUAUCCCCGGUGUGAUCGCAUUUGCAGAGUAUUGGCAAACUAUGGCGUAGCUUAGAGUAGAACAAGUAACUGUGGCAUGUAGAGAAAUAAACAACAUCCUUUGUGUGUUUAUACUGUUGUGCAGUUACGUUUUAAACAUGUUCAUAGUGGUCACUUGACAUUUCUUACCGUCCGGCCACCUUUUUAUAGUCCUUGGGUUGGUUGGUUGGUUUGUUUAAAAGGUCAGUAUGCUAGAUCAUCUCAUUUUUGUGGUAGGAUUCCUUGGAAAAGUGUUUUUUACUUAGCUCUCGUGCCUGCAGUCCGUCUACACAGGCAUAUAUUUUUGUCUGCCUUGAUUCAGUUGCAGGAUAUGGGCCUUUUGUUUGGAAUAGCUAAAUAGGCUGGUAUUUUAAAAUAGAAGUUUUCAGAGUACCUUGCUUUAAAAGGAUUAAACUGUAUACUUAAUUUUAAUAGAGAUGAUGGAAGCACUAUGUACUGUUUGUAUAAUAUAAGCUGAAUGUUUCUCCUCAAAGUUUUCAGUAAAUCGACAUUAAGACUUAAAAGGUGUCUCGUGCCCCUGUCAAUGUGUCUGUGUUCUCAAUACUACUCGUGAACUGAUUCACUUUCAGUUAAGAUGCAAUUCCGAUUACCUUGUGCUUUAAAUAAAACCUAAUUUCGAACAGCACUUUUUUUAAAUUGAUAAACUUGUUUUGUAUAUAGGAAAUGGUGUACAUUGAUAAGUUUAUAAUGUUUAAUAAAUGGGGUUCUGACCAUGGACCGUGAAA